AUGGGUCAACGAAGCAAAGUCUUGGACACAGAUGGCCCAACGCCCAAGUUCCUCUAUGCGAUACUCAAGCAGCUGGACCUUAAGAGUGUGAGACGGAUUGACUGGAACAAGGUUGCCUCAGAUCUCGAAAUCUCCAAUGGUCAUGCUGCACGGAUGAGAUACUCUCGUUUUCGAAACCAGAUGGAGCCCUCGGCACACAAGACCAAGAAGAAAAGCGCCAAGAAGCAGCAAAAGGGCGAUCCAAGUUUAGGAAUGAACAAUUUGUACCCAUCAUCCUCAGCCCAUCUUCAAUUCCAGCCUGGAUUCGCCGUGAAGAUUGAGGAGUCUUUUGACUCCAAAUAUCCUCACUCCGGCUAUUAUCAACCUCCUCAUCUGACGCAGUCUGGAGUACCCGUGGAGAUAGAGCCUGGCUACCAUUUGAACCAAUCCCAUUUGACUCAGUAUGGGGAACCCGUGAAGAUGAAGACACUCAAGACUGAAUUCUCUCCCAAACUUGUCAAAAGGGAGCCUAGCCAGACAAAUCCUGACACCCAAGCUUUUGCUGAGAGUUCAGACUCAGAUUCAUGGCCUCAGGUCAUAUCUGUGAACUGUCCUGCCUAUCUACCGCAGAUGCACUAUCCACAUGAUGUGUCGCAUUCAAUGAAUCCUUCUAUACCUCCAUCCAUGCCGUCGUCGAGUUCAACACCGUUUGGACCUUUUUACUCGCCAUUCCGUAUCCCGCAUGACGGUAUGGAUAAUUAUGGCUUUCAGCAUCCAGUCUUCAGCAAUAGCCAUGUGAAGAACUGGGAACAGUCAGUGGCCUCCAAAGAGGUGACCCCUCCAAAUAUGAAGACCAAUACCCCACCUGUGGAAAGGAAGGUCAAGCCUGAGAUAGUCAUCGAGAUAGAUGAUUUCCAGACUGCAUAA